CUUCUCGAGGGGGCGUGGCCUCUGAACGGGGCCGGCCGGUAUAUAUUUAAACGGCCCUGGCGCGUCCUCACCCUCCGAGUCAUGGCUCUCAGACGCGUCCUCUACUCGUUGAGUUCCCGCACGCCCGGCUUCGCUCCGUUGUCCACUGCGCCAGUGGCCCGCGAGCGGCCCACCGCCGACCCGGGGGCCCAGCUGGGAUGCGGGGCGGCCGAGGCAGCGCGACCGCCGGUGCCCGCUGUGGAUUUCGGCAACGCGCAGGAGGCAUACCGCAGCCGACGUAGCUGGGAGCUGGCGCGCAACCUGUUGGUGCUGCGCCUGUGCGCCUCGCCCACGCUGCUAGCGCGCCACGAGCAGCUGCUCCACAUUGCCAGGAAACUAAUGGGGCAGAGACUGUUCAAUAAGCUGAUGAAGAUGACUUUCUAUGGGCAGUUUGUGGCGGGUGAGGACCAGGAGUCCAUCCGACCCCUGAUCCAGCACAACAAGGCCUUUGGCGUUGGCUCCAUCUUGGACUAUGGAGUAGAAGAAGAUCUGAGCCCUGAGGAGGCGGAACGCAAGGAGAUGGAGUCCUGCACCUCUGCAGCAGAGAGGGAUGGCAGUGGGGCCAGUAAGAGGGAAAAGCAGUACCAGGCCCACCGUGCCUUUGGAGACCGCAGGGAUGGUGUCGUCAGUGCCCGCACCUACUUCUACGCCAAUGAAGCCAAGUGUGACAGCCACAUGGAGACCUUCCUGCGCUGCAUUGAAGCCUCAGGUGGAGCCAGCAAUGAUGGCUUCUCAGCCAUUAAGCUUACUGCACUGGGGAGACCCCAGUUUCUGCUGCAGUUCUCAGACGUGCUGACCAAAUGGAGACGGUUCUUCCACCAAAUGGCUGCAGAGCAAGGGCAGGCCGGGCGUGCUGCCAUGGAUACAAAGCUGGAGGUGGCGGCGCUGCAGGAAAGUGUUGUGAAGAUGGGCAUUGCACCCAGGGCUGAGAUAGAAGACUGGUUCACACCAGAGACCCUGGGAGUGUCCGGUACCGUGGACCUGCUGGACUGGAGCAGCCUCAUCAACAGCAGGACCCGCCUCUCCAGGCACCUGGUGGUCCCCAACAUGCAGACAGGGCAGCUGGAGCCACUGCUGUCACGGUUUACUGAAGAGGAGGAGCUGCAGAUGACACGGAUGCUACAGAGGAUGGAUAUGCUGGCCAAGAAAGCCAUGGAGGUGGGCGUGCGGCUGAUGGUAGAUGCCGAGCAGACCUACUUCCAGCCAGCCAUCAGCCGCCUGACACUAGAAAUGCAGCGCAAGUUCAAUGUGGAGAAGCCACUGAUUUUCAACACGUACCAGUGCUACCUCAAGGAUGCCUAUGACAAUGUGACCCUGGAUGUGGAGCUGGCUCGCCGAGAAGGCUGGUGUUUUGGGGCCAAGCUGGUACGUGGUGCCUAUAUGGCUCAGGAGCGUGCCCGUGCCUCGGAGAUUGGCUAUGAGGACCCCAUCAACCCCACUUAUGAGGCCACCAACACCAUGUACCACAGGUGCCUCGACUAUGUCCUGGAGGAGCUGAAGCACAACUCGAAGGCCAAGGUCAUGGUGGCCUCUCACAAUGAGGACACGGUACGCUUCACACUACGCAGGAUGGAGCAGCUGGGCCUGCAUCCCGCUGACCACCAGGUGUACUUCGGACAGCUGCUAGGCAUGUGUGACCAAAUCAGCUUCCCGCUGGGCCAGGCCGGCUUCCCUGUGUACAAGUACGUGCCUUAUGGCCCGGUGAUGGAGGUGCUGCCCUACCUGUCCCGCCGCGCCCUGGAGAACAGCAGUAUCAUGAAGGGCGCCCAGCGAGAGCGGCAGCUGCUGUGGCAGGAGCUGUGGCGGCGGCUCCGCACUGGCAGCCUCCUUCAGUACCCAGCCUAGCCAUGUACCCACCACAGCUGCACAGUCUGUGAUCUCCCUGGGUUGCAGGGCAGGGAAGGGAUUCUAGGGGGGACUCUGGGUGCACACCAUCACCACGGCUUCAGUCCAACUCCAACCUCACAGAAUUCACCUGUUUGGUAUCUGAAACUUGACAGCCAUUGGGAGUGGCGUUUCCUGCCCUUGGUCCCCGACACCAAUCCUGCCCUGCCCGGAAUGCAGGUACGCAGGCCACCAGGCACUGUCUGGAGUUCUCUGAGCAAGUAAGGGGCCCUCUCUGCUGCUGGCCUGAAGAACCACCUUCUGCCAGGGACUCACACGCACACCCAAGUUUUGGUGGGUAGUGGUCUAGCUGGAAAGCUGCUUGGUCAAUAAAUCACUGUUCUGAAGGUGA